AUGCCACACGCAGUACAUUCAUCUUCGGCUCCGUCGAUAAAACCUGUCUUUCCUCUUGCUGUAAAGUUAGGAGUUGGAGGAGUUCUUGGUGUGGUAACUGUUGCUUCAUAUUUGAAUAGAAAUGCCAUUAAUGCUUUGAUUGACAACAACAUGUCCAGAUCGAAGGACCUCCUUGAAAGCAGAAGAAUUAGAAUAUAUGAAGAAGAGGAAAGAAUUAAACAAAGAAAAUUGGAAUGGCAAUUGCUCUCAUUUGCUUCGUAUGGAAGUUGGACGAAAACCAGAUCUCAAGUUAAAUUCUUGCAGGAUAAACUUGACCGCAAAGAUAGAAAUACAUGGCAAGAUUUACUUCAAGAGUUGGAAGAAAACAACAACAAGUCUUCGUAA